GUCUGAUGAGUUUUGUUUGUCUGUCACUAGAUUUCCUUGUUCCCUCCCCUUCAGAUCUACAGUCUGUGGAUGGGCGUAACUGAGCUGACAGGUUUCAUUCGCUGCACAAACACUUCCUGUUCAGGUCAGAGCUCAGACUAGUUGCAGUUAUCAGGAAGUGAAACUCAGACGGUCGUUGACACUGAGAGGUGAAAUGGCGCAGAAAGCAGUUCAGCUGGACCAAGAGACUUUCUCUUGUUCCGUCUGUUUGGAUCUACUGAAGGAUCCGGUGACGACUCCCUGUGGACACAGCUACUGCAAGAACUGUAUUAAAGACCACUGGGACACAGAGCAUGAGAAGAGGAUCUACAGCUGCCCUCAGUGCAGGAAGAGCUUCACACCGAGGCCUGAGCUGCUGACACACACCAUGUUAGCAGCUUUAGUGGAGCAGCUGAAGAAGACUGGACUCCAAGCUGCUCCUGCUGAUCUCUGCUAUGCUGGAGCUGAAGAUGUGGCCUGUGAUGUCUGCACUGGGAGGAAACUGAGAGCUGUCAAGUCCUGUUUAUCCUGUCCAGCCUCUUACUGUGAGAAACACCUCCAGCCUCAUUAUGAAGCAGCUCCUUUAAAGAAACACAAGCUGGUGGAGCCGUCAGAGAAGCUCCAGGAGAACAUCUGCUCUCGUCACGAUGAGGUGAUGAAGAUGUUCUGCCGUACUGAUCAGCAGUGUAUCUGUAUUUUGUGCUCCAUGGACGAACAUAAAGGCCACGACACAGUGUCAGCUGCAGCAGAGAGGACUGAGAGGCAGAGAGAGCUGGAGGGGAGUCGACACAACAUCCAGCAGAGAAUCCAGGACAGAGAGGAAGAUGUGAAGCUGCUUCAGCAGGAGGUGGAGGCCAUCAAUGGCUCUGCUGAUAAAGCAGUGGAGCACAGUGAGAAGAUCUUCACCCAGCUGAUCCGUCUCAUGGAGGAAAGACGCUCUGAUGUGAAGCAGCAGGUCAGAUCCCAGCAGGAAACUGAAGUGAGUCGAGUCAAAGAGCUUCAGGAGAAGCUGGAGCAGGAGAUCACUGAGCUGAAGAGGAAAGACGCUGAGCUGAAGAAGCUCUCACACACAGAGGAUCACAACCAGUUUCUACACAACUACCCCUCACUGUCAGCACUCAGUGAGUCUACACACUCAUCCAGCAUCAACAUCCGUCCUCUCAACUACUUUGAGGAUGUGACAGCAGCUGUGUCAGAGCUCAGAGACAAACUACAGGACGUCCUGAGAGACACAUGGACCAACAUCUCACUGACAGUGAUGAAAGUGGAUGUUUUACUGUCAAACCCACAACCAGAGCCGAAGACCAGAGCUGACUUCUUAAGAUAUUCACGUGAAAUCACACUGGAUCCAAACACAGCAUACAGACAGCUGUUAUUAUCUGAGGGGAACAGAAAAGCAACACACACGAGUCAACAACAGUCUUAUUCUGAUCAUCCAGACAGAUUCACUGGGUGGCUUCAGGUCCUGAGUAGAGAGAGUCUGACUGGACGUUGUUACUGGGAGGUGGAGAGGAGAGGAACAGUUUAUGUAGCAGUCGCAUACAAGAAUAUCAGCAGAGCAGGGAGGUCAGAUGAAUGUGGAUUUGGAGGUCCUCAGUCCUCCAGAGUUGGAGUGUACCUGGAUCACAGUGCAGGUAUUCUGUCCUUCUACAGCGUCUCUGACACCAUGACUCUCCUCCACAGAGUCCAGACCACAUUCACUCAGCCGCUCUGUGCUGGAGUUUAUGUUUAUUCUGAAUCCUCUGCUGAGUUCAGUAAACUCAAAUAGACUGAAGUCAUUUCAGGGUCAGUGGGUUAAAUUGUGUGUUUCAUUCCUUCAGACUUGUUGUGUUUCCAUCAUUGUUGCUGAGAGCUGAUUGUUGUGGCAUUUCUUCACUGCACACAGAUCAACCUGUCAAUCAAACAUUGUGGGCGGUACUUUGACGCCUUCUUGUUGUUCUGUAAAUGUUGGACUUUCUUCAGGCGGCGCUCCUUCCUGUGUCUGUUCAGCCACGGAGGCUCUCGCUGCUCCUGAUGACUUCACUUCACAUGAUCAUAAUCAAUAAGGAGAUGCUUCAUUAUUUGCUUGUACAUAGCUGAGAUUCUGCUCCAACACACUGACUGUGUGGAUGAAGUGAAUCUGAUCAUGAAAUCACUGAACAAGAGCGGUUUAACAGACUUUACUGACGGGACGUGUGAACAAACUGAAGCUUUAAAUCAUGAAUAAACAAACAUGAACAAAG